AUGGACAUCAAUUCGCUUCUUUCGCCGGACUCGAAUCCCAAGUCUGGGAACUCCACAACCGUCCCUGGUCAUACGUCGAACAAUGCACCGGUCACCUCUGCAGGGCCAUCCCCCCACAAAGCUAUCGAGAGAGCUCGGACUGGCUCCAGACGAAAGGGCAAGACAUCUUCGCCUCUUGCACAGCAGGUGUACGUUUCUACCAGAGAAUCUUCGCCAGGACCCAGCGGAGGAAAUGGGACUUCUCCGACUGAAGUAACCUCAAGACAACCUUCCACGCCCGGAAUGGACACUUUGGCGGAUCUCGCCUCGAUGCAGCACCACCAACCGCAACGUCCAAAGCCAACAAGCAUGCUCCGGAGUACUGAAUCCUACGAGCACCAGUUAUCCCCAUCUACUAUUCACCCACACGUCAACUCUGUCACUCACAACACCCCAACCUCUCGGAUGUCGUUUGAGAUCGCCAUGUCAGAUGGGCGCGACGGCCCCGCGAAUAGAACCUAUGCCGCGACUUCGCUCGACCCGGAUGCGCAACGAUUGGCGACCGAACUUUUUCAACAGAUCUCGGUCAACCCCCACACGCAUGACGCGCACGUGCGAUUUAUCGGAUUGCUGCAUGCAGGAUUUGUCAACCAUGUCUACCCACCGAAUAACCCAGAUGUCCACGGUGACCCGCGACGCUAUGACCUACUCAACGAUUUGCAAACGGCGCGUGAAGAAAUGGACAAACUUUUUGCCAUGGGAGAAGAUCUUUGGGCUGAAUGGAUUCAGGACGAGAGUAUGUUAGCUCAAGAUGUCGACGGGCGCAUUGCUGUUUUAGAGCUCUGCCAGCGAUCUGUCGAAGAGGAGUUUGGCAGUACAAAGUUAUGGAAUAUCUACGGCGAAUGGGUGCUUUAUCUUUACAAUUCUGCUCAUGGCGAAGCCAGUUCUCAAUGGACCGAAGAGGAUCGCAUGGUGGGGCGUGAGGUGUUCACAUGGGACUCGGUCGUGGAGGUGUGGCAGCGCGGUGCAGACGCUACAAAAUGGAGAAUCAACAACAGCCACUUGGUCUGGGAUCGCCUCUUAGACCUCUAUGCUCAGGACAUUGCUCGCGCACCUUCCCAGGAAAAGAUCAACCAUCUCCAUGGACUUUAUGGCCAUCGUCUGCAAACCCCCCACGCCACCUGGGACCAGACGUUCCAGAAGUUUUCAAGUUUCAUUUCAACUUAUUUUAACAGCAAGUAUGAGGACAUCAUGUCUGAAACUGUCGCCCGCGCAGCUGAGCCAAAGGCUCUCUACAACGCACGGGAGGACUUUGAACACCGCCUGGCUAAAGCGCAAGAGUCUGGCGAUCGUAGUCUCGAAUGGACAGCUUACUCCGAGUAUAUUGAUUGGGAAUUGACGCGCAAUCGCCGAAAACGAGGAGAUUUCAGCUUCGACUUGGUGAAUGCCAUCUACCAGCGCGCCGUUCUUCACUUCCCAACCGAUGUUUCGCUUUGGGAAGACUAUGUCAUGUUUCUGAUCGGCGAAUCUCUUCAUCGCCGCGCCUCUACCACGACAAUCUCAACCCUAGACCGUGCCACACGUCAUUGUCCAUGGUCUGGAAACCUGUGGUCCCAAUAUCUUCUGAGCUCGGAAAGAGAGAGCCAGUCGUUCAACAAGAUUGCGAGUAUCAAGCACAAAGCGACUAGCACUGGACUGCUUGAUGCCGGUGGUUUGGAGGAAGUCUUGAAGGUUCAUGUCACCUGGUGCAGUUACCUUCGUCGACGCGCCUUUCUAUCUGACUCAACCGACGAAGAUCUUGAUGUCGCGGAAGUUGGAAUUCGCUCAGCAAUUGAGAGCGUGCAAGAACUGGGCGAAAAGAAGUACGGCCCAGCGUAUCAGGGCGAUCCUCUCUUCCGUCUGGAACGAAUUUACAUCCGUUUCCUCAGCGAAAGCGGCAGCUGGGAUAGCGCACGAGAGACUUUCAAGGGCUUAGUGGCUCGCCGUGGUAGUAGCUAUGACUUCUGGCUCGCCUACUACGAAUGGGAGUUGAUUUGCUGGAGCAAAUUUGUGCAGGGCGAGGCAACAGUCGACGCUGCACGCCGAACUCCCAACCCGAGCUUUGCUACUGCUGUGCUCAAACAAGCGAUCAAGAGAACAGAUCUGGACUGGCCUGAGAAGAUCGUCCAGACAUACAUUACACAUUGCGAGGACUAUGAAGACUCAGAUGAGCUUCAGCUGGCCGUGAUUGAGACCCGGAAAGCAAUGCGAGCUGUCACUGUCCGGAAAGAGAGGGAAGCGCGAGAGGCAGCUGCAGCACAACAGCAACAGCAGUGGGAGGCCGCAGCGAAGGCAGUCCCUUCACCUGAAAAGAGAAAACGUGAAGACGUAAAGGACGAGAUGCCGGAAACCAAAAAGGUCCGCACUGAGGAGGCACUGGCGGAGGUUCCCGCUCCUCCUCCACGGGACCGAGAGAAUGCGACUGUUAUCGUCACGAACUUGCCUAAAGGUGCCACUGAGCGUCAGGUUCGCCAAUUCUUCCGUCAUAUCGGUACCAUCAACUCUUUCAAAAUGCUCCGUCGAGACGAGAAAAACUCCGAAGUUGCGGUCAUCGAAUUCGAAACCAAGGAAGACGCCCUUGCUGCUCUCACUCGCGACCAAAAGCACUUCAAAGACACUGAUAAUGUCGUCGACGUGCAAAUUGGGUCACAAACAACACUUUGGAUCACCAAUUACCCGCCGACUGCGGACGAGGACUACCUCCGCAACCUCUUCAGCAAGGCAAGUUCUUCACCCUAG